CAAACUGAUGAAAUUGAAGAUACUACAGCAAUUCAACCACAAUCAGAUACAAACAGAGCAUUAUUUCAUCACAAUUCCGAAGCAAACGAUAAUAUUAUGAAGUCAAUUAAUGAUUAUGAAGACG